GUUCUGUCUCGAUAAUGACCAAUGUGGAGACAUAAUACUAUUAAACAGAAUAAAUGUAUACCUAUAACUAUACAAUGAAAUUAUAAUUGAAUAAAUAAUUAAAUAAAUAUGUUGAAUUCUUCUCAGUGAUGAAUAAUUAUUGAACAAAUGGACCUUCUGUAAUUUUUGCAUUCUUUUUUAUGAAAAUAAAAAAAUUAAACAUUUUAAAAUGUUUCAUAUUUAUGAUGAUAACGAUGAUGAUUGUUUGAUAUGAAGUAAUACGAAAACUUACUUGAAAGAUUAUCUCAUGACAUGGAAUUAAAUUUAUAAAUGAGAUUUCUACAAUGUUCCUUUGGUCUGUUGGAAUAAAUGUUUCAAUGAAUCUUCAAGAAAGCUAUACAAUGUCUUGAAUAUUAGAAUGUGGAGAAGACAACAGCUACAAGAACAGAAUAUCUGUUUAUAUAUUAUAUUUACUGCGCUGAUAAUACCGUCAUGCUCUAACAGAUAUUUAUAUUCAGAAAUAUUUGAAACCAGCGAUGAUAAAGUCAGUGGACAGGCUAAUUUAACACAACCUUAUCAAAUUCUAUUAAGCAUUUCAGAAUCAUCAGUUAUCAAAUCAGAUUUAAUAAAUUUAAGUCAGAUUAUGCAUAAUCAUGGUAUUCUAUUAGAGACGUCAAUUGAUGAAGCAGACAAACGUAGUAGUUCAAAAGUUAUGAAUUUUGAAAUACUCGAUAUUAGCGCCAAUCUACUGACUGCAUAUAAACAAAGAAAUCAGAACAAUUUACUAAAUCUUAUUGAUUUACAUCCAAUUAAAGGAAUUAUGAAAUUUGGUGUACCGUUGGAUCGAGAAUACAUUUGUAAUGAUUUACAGAAUACUAAUAAACAGUGUAAAAUAACUAUUCUCAUAGCAGCUUAUAAAAUAAAUAAUGAAGCUAUGGAUCAAACUGAAUUGCAUACUUCAAAUGAAAAGGAAUCUCCUAUGAAUGUGAACGAUAACAAACAUAAAAAGGAAUUAAUAUGCAUUGAAUUAAUUAUAACUCUACUGGAUAUAAACGAUAAUUCACCAUACUUUCCACAAGUGCCUGGAAUUGAAAAUCAUCCAAGGAUUAUAACCAUUGAAGAAGAAUGUCCUAUUGGAACAAUGGUGUCACUACCAAUAGCUAAUGAUAUGGACUCAACUGAACAUGGUAUUAUAAGGUACGAAUUCCAUCCAGUUUCUACACCGGGAGAAGUGAUGCAAUUAUUUGAAAUUGUACAGUUUAGAGGGCUAAGAAUUCAAUGUGAAGAGAUGACUGCAAAUGAAGUAUAUGCAUUAAAUUAUACUUAUAAUUCUAAUCAAGAAACGAACAAGGAUUCACUUCCUUUAGUACCAUGUUUAAGGGUAAUUGGUAGGCUUGACAGAGAACAGGCAUCACGUUAUGCAAUAAAACUUGUUGCUAUUGAUUCCGGUGGAAGAAAGGGGGAAACAGUUUUACGAAUAGUAAUUCGAGAUAUCAAUGAUCAUGCUCCCCUGUGGCCAGAUAAACUUGAAACAGGAUUAUCAUCUAGCAGCCUUUUGUUCAUUGGGUCAGAAAGGAUCACUUCAAAACCAAAAGAGAUGUUAGAAGAAACUGCACAAGGUAGAAUGAUUGUUAAGUAUUCUUUUCAAGUUCCCGAGUGUAUUAAUCAAAGACAAUUGUUACGUUUGAAUGCAAAUGAUAUGGAUGAAGCAGACAGUGAAUUCGGUCGGGUAUCAUAUCAUCUAAGUGAUCAAACACAAAACUUUGAACAAUUACGACAACGACUAUUUAUUUCAGGAGAAUAUAUCUACCUAACUGAUUUAGGAUUAAAAGACUUAAAUCAAGCAAAUUUAACAUUAAUUGUAACAGCAACUGAUGGCGCUGGUAGAAGUAGUGAUGCAUGGAUUCAUCUUCUAGUGCAAGACUGUAAUGACCACAAGCCAAUGAUCAUUAUGAGAAACACUGAAUUCUCAGUCGUGGAAAAUGCUAUCGGAAAUCAACAGUUGGUUAGUCUGAUAACUGUACGAGAUUUAGACUUGACUACAUCACCGAAUUCAGAGUUCCAGUGCAGUCUAAAUGAUACUGUGUAUUUAUCCUUAGUUGAAGUCAUGUCCGGACCAAAGUUAUCUGAACCUCGGAAUUCAAAUAGUAUGGAUUUAAAUAAUAGAUUCUUGUUUCAUAGACAACAGAGUGAAACUGAUAAUAACGACGGUUUAUCACGUCAAGGUAGAUGGGUCGUUUAUCGAUUAGAAACAAAAAAUUCAUCAUCGUUUGAUCGGGAAGCAACACCAUACUAUAAUGUAUUAUUACAGUGUUCAGAUAAAGGAUCACCUAUGCUUACAUCACAUCGUCUUAUAACAAUAAAUAUUCUUGAUGUCAAUGACAAUCCACCGAUAUUUUUGAAUUCACAACAAUCUCAAUCACCUCAUCUAUCUCUCCUGAAUACAGAUAGUCAUAGAAAAUUAUUUUAUCAAUCAUAUUUAUCAUCAAAUCAACAAAGAACAGACCAAUCGUAUACUUAUCAAUUUGUUCUACCAGAAAACUCUUUACGUGGUACAAUUAUUGGUAGUGUUCAGGCGAUUGAUUUAGAUGCUGGGGAAAAUGGUAGAUUGAAUUUUGAACUGAGAAGGGAAAUUCCAUAUUUUGGAAAUAAAAUGCUACUGUCACCUAAUGAAAUUGAUAAUAUGACAGAAACGGAAUAUCAAAAUACUGAAAAUAAUGGUGAUGAUGAGAAUCAGAGGAAGGAUAUUAGAUUACAUCGUGUAUUUAAUUUAGCUGCAAAUGGUGAUAUUCAGUUGAUAGAUGAAGUUGACCGAGAGAAAGUGGAUCGGUAUGAAUUGCACAUUGUUGUAAGUGAUAGUGCUAAAACGAAUCGUCUGUCAUCAACAGCUACUGUUAUAAUUAAGAUAGAAGAUGUUAACGAUUGUAGACCUGAAUUCUUUGGAGAUUAUGUAUUUGAAAUUGUGGAAAGUUAUGGUUCGUCUACAAUUCAUCAAAUUCUAGGAUCUGUAGUAGCUACAGAUAUGGAUUUGGGCAGAAAUGGAUCAAUAACAUAUCGACUUAGCUCCGAACAAGAUAAUAAUAACAAUAACAACCAUAACAAUUUAGCAGGCAAUAAAAUCCAUGGUCCAGCAUAUGCAUUCAACUCUCGUCUAAUUCAGAUCAGUCAUGAUGGGAAGCUUACUGUUUAUGGAGUGAUUGAUCGUGAAAAGACCCCUGUAAUUAUACUGACAGUUAUUGCUGAAGAUAAUGGCAUUCCUAUGAAACUGUCCAACUCUGUGACUGUUACAGUUCAUGUCUUAGAUCUAAAUGAUAAUAAACCACGUUUCAUUGAAUCCUCAGCACUACGUUCUCAGUUAACAAACAAAGCUGAUGGAGGAAAAAAUGUUCCAGAUAAUCCAAAUGUGAAUUUCAUAUCACCUGUAACAGGUUUCAAAUUGAACUUGAGUUUAGAUACGAAUGUUGGUACACUGCUAACUGUGUUUGAGGCAUAUGAUCCUGACAAUGGUCCUAAUGGAACAGUUGUUUUUGAUAUGGCUUACUCAGGGACACUUGGUUUCUCCAGUGAAAUAAAAAGUCAUAAAAGCGGAGGAAGUGAUGAAGAAACUGCUAGUGUUCCUACAUUCACUCUACAACCAGAUGGACGUCUUCUAUUAUCCAAACGAUUAAUUUAUUCAGAUAUGAUAUCCCCUGCACCAAACAAUCUUCCAAAACGCUAUCGUCGACCAGAUAGACUAUUGAUACGUGUAUCAGAUAAAGGACCAACUCCAGAACAGUCGAUAACUAGUUUACAAAUAUUUUAUUAUGAUCCAAUUGAAACAUUACAGAAUACGUACUCUGAAAAUUAUUUACCUACAACAAAUCGAAAAAAUGAUAUUAAAAAUGAUCAUGAAUAUUCGACAACUAAUCAAAAUACAGAAAAUGGAAAAAAUAAAUAUUUUGCUUAUAAAUCAAAUGUUCAAACAUUGUUAGGUGGACGUGAAGGUGGAAAGUUAUCGUCAAAAUCAUUUAUCAGAUCAUCAGAAUUAACACAUUCCAAACCGUUCACUUUACCGGCUAUGUAUUUAUUAGCCUUAGCUGUUUGUUUAGCCCUGUUACUGGUGAUAAUUAGUUUUGCCUGUUUCUAUGUUAAAGUAAGAAGGACAAAUAUUGGAGAGAAUGGACAAGAAAAAUACGAUAGUGUAGUGAAAACUGACGUUCAUGGAGACACCCUGACUAACAACAAGAAAAAUGUUGAUGGUGAUAUUCGCUUGGAUAAUACACUGACAUGUCAUUCGAAAAAGGAGUUGGAUGAAUCACAAACACUUUCUGGCUCAGGGAAUAAAAUGAUUUCUGAUUGUGGUAUGAACAGUCUUAAUUACAGAAGUCUGUCACCAACAUAUAUUGUACGUGGAUGUGAUCAUGUUAAUUUUCUCCCAUCUAACGAUGCAUACGUGGACACAGUUAUGUCUAUGCCUCAUUGGACAAUGAAUAGUUCGCAUUAUACUCCAUUAUCAAUUAGUCAAAUAAAUUCUGCCACAAAUUCGUAUUUACCAUCGACAAUUUCACAUAAUGACUCCAGGAAACAAUUUGUUAACGGCAAUCAGAACCAAUUAGAAAAUCCUACAUCAUUUAAAACUCCCGACUCUUUAUAUGAAGAUCAAUCGUCUCCAGUAUUAUUCAAUAAAUUAGAGUUCUGUAAAUCAUUGAAUCGUCAAACACAGUACAGUUUACUUAUGGAUAAUCAAGCGGAUGUUUCAAAUAUUAUCGCAAGAAGUGAAAACAAUGACAAAAGUAGUAACUCUACUGGUAAAACAUUCCAAACAGACGAUAUGACUACAAAUUCCACAAAUUUUGUCCCUAACUCUCAAAACACCAAGUCAGUUGUAAUGCCACCUAAGCGUAAUUUCAGUGAUAAGACUAUCCUGAAUACAUCAACUCAAAAAUACAAUGAAUUAAAGUCAGCCAGUGAAACACCUACGACCACCUCAGCAUCAGUCUCGAAUAGCAGUGAUGCGAUGCAAAAAUCUAAAUGCAAGUUAUUUACAUCUAAAAAGAAUGAAAUAUCUAAAAAUCAAAAUCAGACGAGUGACAAUGAUACAUUUCGUCGUCCCCCUAUGUCUACUGACUUGAAUCAAAUAAGCAUCAUUGCACAAAGCAAAUCAAGUGAUCUACCUCAACUAACAUCUUCAUUUGUUUAACUGAAAAGCAAUUACGCACUGAAUGAUGCCUAGUUAUAGGUUUCUACUUGCAUAAUACCUUGAAUUAUGAUGAACUGUUUUUACUUCUGACUUAUUUAAGUCAUACGUAAAGAGAUUAACUCUAAUUGCUUCAAAGACUGAUCAAGUGGUCAACCAUUACCACACAGCUGUGUCAUUUUACAAAAGCUGAGUUUUGUACAUAGUUGGAAAUGUAUAUAUCAUGUUACAUUUUGUUAAAUAUGAAUGUCAAAAAAAAACACUUUUUUUCUUUGCACAAUAAUUUAUUUAACCGCGUUGAUUCCCUGUUUAGUAUAUCAGUC